CCUAUCCAUGAAGAGAUCUCAUCCACGAAAUCCUCUCCUCCCCCUCUCCUCCCGCACGCACACACCAAGAGCAUGGCGGCGCGAGGAACCAACCGUCGCCGGCGCCGCCCUGCAGCUCCUCUCUCCCUCUGACCCUCUCCGCCACCCAUCCCCCAGCUCCCUCCGUGCGUCGCCCUCCUCCUCCCUGGGCUCGUGGCUGGGCAGCCCGACGCCCUCAAUCCCGCUCGUCGGUGCCUGGCUGGCCACCCGGCGCCUCGGCUCCAGCGCCAACCAGCCCAAGGGCGCAGCUCCGGUCAGAGGAUCCGCCCCAGCUCGUCCCGGAUCAGUUCAUCGGCCUCCUCUGCUCCAUUGCAACCUCGCCCAGCUCGUCCAGCUGCUCGAGUUCGUCCCGGAUCAGCCUGACGGCGGCGCUCCAUUGCUUGGCACCAACCGGACCAGCUCACGGCCUCCCCUGCAACCGCGCCUUCGAGUGGCUCCUCUGCCUCCAACCCUCCAGUACAUCCCCGGCGGCAAAAGAGUCGAUUCGAUGGGCGAUUUCAAAGUAGAAAUAGAUGUUCAGACCUACUUGACGAUUGUAGGCGGCAAAAGAGUUUACAGAAGGGGCAAAACAUGGGAUUUCAUGGUCGGUCGGGACUUGUAUGUGGCGCGGAUAAAGGAGGUUGUGGAGGAGAAGUUCAAGUGGUCUCCUGAUCAGAGAAUGACCAUUUGGUAAAGAAACUUCCCUUUGAACAUACUUGUGGGAGCAAAAACUGCAGCAAAGGAAUGGCAAAUAGAGAUUGGCUCGCUGAUAAAGGGAAGGUUGCACUUGAGGAGAAUGCCACGGUGAGUGCAUUGAUGGGUUUUUGGCAGGGUGUAGGCCAUAUUUGGGGGUUGAUGCAACUUUUCUUUGUGGGAAAUACACUGGCCAAUUGAAAGCCGCAAUUGGUGUAGAUGGGAAUAGUUGGAUGUUUCCGGUAGCAUUUGGAAUAUUUGAGAAAGAGAAUACAGAAAAUUGGGUAUGGUUCAUGGAGCAGUUGAAAUUGGCUAUUGGAGAACUACAAGGGCUUGCAAUCUUGCAUGCAAGGGGUUGGAGAAUGCCAUUUCUAAGGUCUACCCAAAUUGUGAACAUAGAGAAUGCAUGAUGCAUCUAAUACUCAACUUCAAGAAAAAGUUCAAAGGUGACAUACUAGAUAAUAUGUGGCCUGCGGCUUGGACAUAUGAAGUAGACAAGCAUGAUUCACUAAUGGCAGAAAUACAAGCACAAAGCGCCGAAGCAAUAGCCUAUUUGAACAUGCAUCACAACCGUGUGUGGACAAGAAGCAAAUUUUCAGCAAUGACAAAAGUUGAGUAUGUUAGCAAUAAUUCGGCCAAGGUUUUCAACAAUUGGAUUAAGAAUGUGAAGCAACUUGCACUUGUUGAGCUUUUGGACAACCUUAGAGAAAUGAUAAUGAUAUUGUUCGAGAAAAGGAGAGCCGUUGGUGAAGCGCUGCUAGGUUACAUACUACCUAGUGUGAUAAAGGAGUUGAAUCUGAAAAGUAAGGGGCUGCAUUAUUUGGAAGCAAGAGCAUCGCCAAAUAUAGCUGAGAUUUCAGGAAAUGGAUGGAGGCACAUCGUUAACUUGGAGAAAAACGAGUGCUUUUGUACAAGAUGGCAGAUUUGUGGUAAACCUUGCACACAUGCUCUUCGGUUCAUCUUCUCCAAAAAAGCCAAGCUAGAGGAUUAUGUUGCAGAGUGCUUCUCAGUGGCAAGGUUCCAAGCGGCAUAUGCUGGAGUUCUCAUGCCAAUUAGGGGCAGAUCCCAAUGGCCCAAGGUAAAUCCUGGAUUUGAUAUGAUCUCUCCCAAACUUACCAAGAGUGAUGGACGUCCAAGAACUAGGAGGAUAAAGAAUUACACCGAAGGUGGAACCGGUAGAAGACAUAAAUGCAAAAGAUGUGGAGCAAUAGGCCAUCUUCGAAAGACAUGCAAGGAGCCUAAGAUGGAAAGUGACGCGGAUCGAGAUGCUACUCCUCCUCCGCGGAAAAAAGUCAAAGGCUGAAGCAAGCAUUGCGGCUACUUCUCCUAAGACACCAACUAAGCAAGGUACUCAACUUGAUACUCCUACAAGUCCAAUGACAAGGCAGAGGGCAGUAAUUAUUGCAAUUGCUUGUACACCUCCUAGUGGAUCUACAAGGAGCAAAACUGCUGCUCCUAGCCCUCUACGGCAAGUUUAGUGCAUUUGGUUGGGAGAAUCAUCAUCUUUUACUUAUGGUUGUGAGAACCAUGAUCUUUUGUUUGAAGAAACGGUGGUCUGAACCAUUAUGUGUUGAUGCUAGCUUCUUUUGAACCAUUAUGUAUCGUUGUUGAUGUUAUCUUAUUUCCAACCAUUAUGUAUCGUUGUUGAAUUGUUGCUAUAUUGAUGGUCAAUGAUGCAAACUGAGAUUAUGCUGAA